AUGAGCUGGGCAGCGGGAGUCCUGCGGACAAGCCGGAGGGUGCACAUGGCGGGAGCGAACUUCUUUUGCCCAGGGAUGGCUCUGGCUCCCUUCCUGGUUUCCAAGAUAGCGACUGUCAAGCGUGAACUUAUAAAUUUCACUUCAGAGGAGGCCAUUCAUCACAAUAAAAUCUCCAUUAUAGGCACUGGAUCGGUUUGUAUGGCCUGUGCAAUCAGCAUCUUAUUAAAGUAAGGCUUGAGUGAUGAACUUGCCUUUGUGGAUGCUGAUGAAGGCAAAUUGAUGGGUGAGACAAUGGAUCUUCAAUAUGGCAGCCCUUUCAUGCAAAUACCAAACAUUGUUUCUAGCAAAGAUUACCUUUUCACUGCAAACUCCAAUGUUGUGAUCAUCACAACAGAUGCAUGCCAGAUAAAAGGAGAAACACUCCUGGAUUUAGUCCAUCGCGAGGUGUCCCUAUUCAAGUCAGUGAUUCCCAGUAUUAUCCAAUACAGUCCUCUCUGCAAACUGAUUAUUGUUUCCCAUCCAAGUGAGCUUUAACUUUACACAGGCUGGAAGUUGAGUGCAUUUCCCAAGAGCCGUGUGGUGGGGAGUGGCCGUAGCCUGGACACAGCCCGCUUUCGUUUCCUGCUUGGGCAGAGGCUUGGAAUCCACUCUGACGGCUGUGAUGGGCCGACCCCUGGAGGGAGGGGAGAAUCAGCAGUUUUUUGUUACCUUCUUCUUUGUUCCUGUGUGAACAUUGCUGGGGUCCCUCUGAAGGAUCUGAACUCAGUCAUAGGAACAGACAAAGAUCCCGAGCAGUGGAAGCGUGUUUAGAGAGUAGUGGCCAGCAAUGGCUAUGAGAUGCUUAAAAUGAAAGGAUAUAAUUUCCGUCAUCAGCUACUGACAGGUGUUGCCCUGUCAGUAGCUGAGAUGGAAAUUAGUUUGAAGAAUUUCAGGAGAGUACAUCCAGUUUCUACUUUAAGUAAGGACCUUUAUGGAAUAAAUGAGGAAGUAUUCCUUAGUGUCCCUUGUACCUGGGCAGAGAAUGGUAUCACACACCUCAUUAAGGUGAAGCUGAUCCCUGCAGAGGCGGCCCUUUUGAAAAAGAGUGCAGAAACUCUUUGGGAAAUUUUGAAGGAGCUGAAACUUUAA